CACAGAAGAGGUAAGAUAAGAGGCUGAUUAUUAAAUAAAGGAAAAAUAGCGAAAUUUGCAAAAAAAAAACCUGGCUGUUGCGUGGGAUUCCCGACGUUGAUUGGUGGCUGGCAGGGUAACGUAAUGACGUUGCUGGGAGAAGGCCCCCCCGCCCCCACCUCAGAUGGACAGUUGAUAAAGAGAAUUCCGAAAUGUUACAGACGGGAGAUCAGAGUUGAAGAGGAAACGUUUUAAAAAAUAAUAAACUAGCGGGUGUAAACAUAAUCGGAUCCCACUGAACACAGACCGUUAGAUAUUGAAUAACAGAUCUAACAGCCAAGCGAGAACCAACACGGGGAAUUACUAUCGGACAGCUGUCGUCUACUGAGAUUGUCAAAGAUUGGUUGAAUAGACGUUUUUGGAGGAGAUUUUCAAAAUCCUGCACAUAUAAUACAUAGCGACCAAUCGUCAUUCAUUGGUGCUAUAUUGUAUGCUAUUUGUAAAAAAGAUUUGGAGGCUGCUUGCAGUGCAAUGGGAAUAAUGGAUCAAGUACAAGGCAAGUCAUGGAGGACAAAGUACACAUUAUUAGUGAUGUCAAAUUAAGAUGAUCAGUUAUCUACAGGAGACUCACUUUGCCUCCAGCGAAUUCAAGUCAAAUCACGUGUGAAAUUGGUGAGCUGAACAAAAAAAUCGGAAUUGCAGGCUAUUUACAGAACGCAGUUCUAUAACUGAUGCUGUUGGAUGUACUGCUGAGGGCAUCUGAAUGUUAUUUUCAGUCAUUUUUUACAUUUCAGGAUUCAUUGUAGGUAAUUAUAUAAUUCGUGCUGGAUUCUCUCCCAGGCUGUACGGUUGCUUUUAGUGCAGCACGCUCCUGUUUAAUGAACCAUGCUACACUGAGUUUAAACCCGAACAAGGGAAAGGAAAAAAAUGACAGAAACAAGCCCAGUGGUUGCUUAUUUCCCUUCGAAUUACGAUACAUUACUGGACAACAGAAUCUCAACUUUAAUUUCACGGUUGCAGGGAAACAGCGUUCUAACAAUCUAAUGUUACAUUGAAAAACAACAACAAUAUGUUAGUUAAACCAGAAGGACUUGUUUGUGUGCCUUUUCAUGUAUGCGAUUUUAAUAGUGGUUUAUCUUACGUGAGAGAAACUAUACCUACAGUAAAAAGCAAACCCACUUGCUGAAUUAAAUCCUUUUUUUGCUGUUUAUUUUCUUCUAAAGAACAACUUGUUUCUUAAGAUCGCACAGGCACUUCAUUUGGAUUUUUUUUGUCACUUCUGAACUUGGACGUGCACCAGUCAGAUGGUCGUAAUGAGGCAGUUGUCAGACUUGGUAUAAUCCUUGGGAAGACAAUAGGUUUACCUGACGGGGAGGAGUGCGCAUGUCUCUUCAGGAAACUGGAACAAUCACUACCAUGCCCAUGUAAUGAGCAUUUGUGACUUCACCAUUCAGUGGAUAGAUUUUCACAGUAAUUGUUAGGUUCAUAUUUCUAAAAAAGCCUAAAUAAACACCACCACAUCCAACAAUAAUAAUACAAAUAGUACAAAAACUGAGACCACCUUUCCUACCUACUUAAACAACUAUAUUCUACAGCAGGAUGUUUGCUGCCGUGGAACAUGGUCCUGUCCUUUGCAGCGACUCUAACAUCCUAUGCCUUUCUUGGAAAGGCAGAGUCCCCAAGAGCGAAAAGGAGAAACCGGUAUGCAGGAGACGCUACUACGAGGAAGGGUGGCUGGCCACCGGGAACGGCAGGGGGGUUGUUGGAGUGACAUUCACUUCCAGUCACUGCAGAAGAGAGAGGAAUACGCCGCAAAGGAUAAAUUUCAAUUUAAGAGGACACAAUAGUGAGGUGGUGCUGGUCCGAUGGAAUGAGCCCUUUCAGAAGUUGGCAACCUGCGAUGCUGAUGGAGGGAUAUUUGUGUGGAUCCAGUAUGAGGGCAGAUGGUCAGUGGAGCUGGUGAAUGAUCGAGGAGCACAGGUGAGCGACUUUACGUGGAGCCAUGAUGGGACCCAAGCUCUUAUUUCAUACCGGGAUGGCUUUGUACUGGUUGGGUCGGUUAGUGGACAAAGGCACUGGUCUUCAGAGAUCAACCUGGAGAGCCAGAUCACUUGUGGAAUAUGGACACCGGAUGACCAACAGGUGCUGUUUGGCACCUUGGAUGGCCAGGUGAUUGUGAUGGACUGCCACGGGCGGAUGCUGGCUCACGUGCUCCUCCACGAGUCGGACGGCAUUGUGAGCAUGUCCUGGAACUACCCCAGCUUCCUGGUGGAGGACAGCAGUGAGAGUGACACUGACUCAGAUGACUAUUCCCCACCACAAGAUGGUCCGACUGUCUAUCCAAUUCCAGUACAGAACAUGAAACCCCUGCUAACAGUCAGCUUUACGUCCGGCGACAUCAGUCUAAUGAACAACUAUGAUGACCUGUCUCCUGCUGUUAUCCGCUCAGGACUGAAGGAUGUCGUUGUUCAGUGGUGCGCACAGGGAGAUCUUCUGGCAGUGGCAGGGAUUGAGAGGCAGAGCCUUCCAACAGACCCCGGUUGUGCCCACCUCUUAAGGAACGCGCUUGUUAAAUUUUACAACGUCCGUGGAGAGCAUAUCUACACACUGGAGACCCCAGCCCAGCGGCCCAUAACUACAAUAUGCUGGGGACACAGAGACUCACGGCUGUUUCUGGCUUGUGGACCGGCGCUGUACGUUGUUCGGGUCGAACACAAGAUCGCCAACCUGCAACUCCUGUGCCAGCAGGCCACAGCUAGCGCUCUGCAUGAAGAAAAGGAUAUCAGCAAGUUGACACUGCCGUCCCGCCUCUGCUCAGACCUCACCACUGCCUUCAUACCAACAAUCAAGCCUCCCAUCCCCGACACAAACAAUAUGCGGGACUUUGUGAGCUACCCAACAGCAGGGAACGAGCGGCUGCACUGCAGUAUGAAGCGCACAGAGGACAACCCCGAGGUGGGUGGCCCGUGCUACACACUCUAUCUGGAGUACCUGGGCGGCCUGGUGCCCAUUCUCAAGGGAAGACGCAUCAGCAAGCUGCGCCCAGAGUUUGUCAUCAUGGAUCCCACGACUGAUGGCAAAGCCGAUGAGGUGUAUGGAAACAGCAUGAUUUCGUCCAUGAUCGACAGCUGUAACUGUUCCGACUCCAGUGAUAUCGAGCUGAGCGAUGACUUGAUUUCAAAGAAAUCGCCAAAGACAUCAAGAGGCAGCAAGUCACCCAAACUCCCCCGGAUUAAUAUAGAAGCUAGGAAAUCUCCUAAGCUUUCCCGGGCUACACAGGAAAUUUCCCGGUCACCACGGUUACCAAUCAGGAAGCCUUCUAUUGGAUCUCCCAGUCUGGCUCGCAGAGAGUUUCCUUUAGAAGAUAUUACUCAGCAUAACUAUCUUGCUCAGGUCACUUCUAAUAUCUGGGGAACAAAGUUCAAGAUUGUAGGACUUGCUUCCUUUCUACCAACUAAUCUUGGUGCAGUUAUAUACAAGACAAGCUUGCUGCAUCUUCAGCCUAGACAGAUGACUAUUUACCUGCCAGAGGUCCGUAAAGUUUCCAUGGACUACAUCAACCUUCCUGUGUUCAAUCCCAAUGUGUUCAGUGAAGAUGAAGAUGAUUUGCCAGCGACUGGAACUUCUGGAGUGCCUGAUGACAACCCCACCUGCACUGUAAACAUUCCCAUUGCUCCUAUUCACAGCUCGGCUCAGGCCAUGUCCCCAACCCAGAGCAUCGGGCUGGUCCAAUCCCUACUAGCCAAUCAGAACGUCCAGCUGGAUGUCUUGACCAAUCCCACUGCCACAGCAGCAACAGCUGCCGGGGUCUCUGAUCACAAUCAGGACAGAGGGAUGGGCACCCAGUAUCAAGUGCCUAACAGGUACUCUAACCCUGGCCAGGUGAUUUUUGGAGGGCUGGAGAUGGGACGCCUACUUGUUGGUCCUCCACCUCCUCUUCUCCAUCCCCAUCCACAGCAGCAGCUGCCACCACUACAGCCGCCCAUGCCCUACCAUCAGCCUUCCUAUCAGCCUUCCCAUCAGCCUUCUCAUCAGCCUUCCCAUCAGCCUUCCCAUCAGCCUUCUCAUCAGCCUUCCCAUCAGCCUUCUCAUCAGCCCUCCCAUCAGCCUUCCCAUCAGCCUUCCCAUCAGCCUUCUCAUCAGCCUUCCCAUCAGCCUUCCCAUCAGCCUUCCCAUCAGCCCUCCCAUCAGCCUUCUCAUCAGCCCUCCCAUCAGCCCUCCCAUCAGCCUUCCCAUCAGCCUUCCCAUCAGCCCUCCCAUCAGCCUUCUCAUCAGCCGUCCCAUCAGCCUUCCCAUCAGCCCUCCCAUCAGCCUUCCCAUCAGCCUUCCCAUCAGCCCUCCCAUCAGCCUUCCCAUCAGCCCUCCCAUCAGCCUUCUCAUCAGCCGACCCAUCAGCCCUCCCAUCAGCCUUCCCAUCAGCCCUCCCAUCAGCCUUCUCAUCAGCCCUCCCAUCAGCCCUCCCAUCAGCCUUCUCAUCAGCCUUCCCAUCAGCCUUCUCAUCAGCCCCCCCAUCAGCCUUCUCAUCAGCCCUCCCAUCAGUCCUCCCAUCAGCCUUCCCAUCAACCUUCUCAUCAGCCCUCCCAUCAGUCAUCAGGGCUAAACCAUCAGCUACAAGGGGCGAUCCAGCUACCACCCUUAACUACAGAACAUGGGACAGACAGGGAUCACGAGCACCUCCAAAAAAACAAGCCUCUCCGGUCUAUACCCCAGCUGGCUGAAGGUGAUGCUGUUGUCUUCAGUGCCCCUCUGGAGAUCCAGAUUAGCAAAAUGAACCCUCCACCGCCAUAUCCUGGCACUGUGGCAGCAGCAGCUGCUGCUUCUGCUGCUGCAGCUGCUGCUGUAGCCGCAACUGUGGCCAAUAACAAUGCAGCCCCUCCUUCAGUGGAUCUGUGCCUCAAGAAGAAUGAAUUUUCCCUGUACCCGGCAGCCCCACAAUACCACACCCCUCUAGGCUAUGAGAGGAUCACCACCUUCGACAGCAGCGGUAACGUAGAGGAGGUGUGCCGCCCCCGCACCAGGAUGCUGUGCAACCAGAACAUGUAUACUCUGCCUGGCCCAGGCAGCUCCGCCACGCUGAGGGUUACCUCUUCUGUUGGUAAGAAGGUGCAGAUUCCUUGUGCCGCAGCCACCCUCAACCGGCUCAAGGUGCCCCGCUACUCCAUCCCCAGCGGAGACCCGCCCCCUUACCCUGAUCCAGCCAACCAGGCUGGGUCAGGGAGGAGCCCUGGCCAACGCAUUGACAGCAGCCUCAUUCACGCCACACUGCGCCGCAACAGCAGGGAGGCAGCCCUGAAAGUUUCCCAGAUGAUGGACACACAAAGAACUCUCCCAACCAAAUCCAAGGUUAGCAGUGGUGCAGUGGCAACUUCCUACCAGCAGAGGGUACCCACAGCUUUAUACACUUGCAGUCAGUGCAGUAAUAGCAGCAGUAGCGGAAGCGCUAGUGGCAUCGGUGGGGGAAACAGUAACAGCAACGGCAUCUCAGGUGGGAGCAUCGUUCGUCAAGAUUUGCCAGCAGGUAACAGUGGCCAACACAGCACUGUUAUAGUCCAUUCCAACAGCACCUCACCACUGGCUUCUCAGUCGUCGUACAACCUGCUUAGCCCCCCAGACAACUGUAGGGACAGGACAGAAUAUAUUAACUCUGCCUUUACAGAGGAUGAGGCCCUCAGCCAGCAGUGCCAGCUGGAAAAGUCCAUCCGGCACCUGAACAUCAGUGAGGUCAGUCUGACCAUCAAGCGUCCCCCAGCCUACCAGUGGGACCCCUCGACCACUGAGGAGAUCUGGGUACCCCAGGACCGAUCGGUGCUGAAUGCACCCCCAGGAGUUAACAAACCCUCACCUCUCAUCCUCAACCCAGCCCAACACUUAGAUGUGUCCCGUCUGCCAUUUGUUCUUUCCCCGAAAUCCCCCACCAACCCCAAUGCUACUUUCCAGGCUGGUUACCAGAUAACCUUUCCCUUCCCACCAGGUGCAGGUUAUGGUGGACCUCAGUUGCAGGCCAUGCAGCCAACUCCACAACCUUGUUCUCCCAAGGAAAUGGCGGCACCCGUCCCUUUCACUCAACAGGAGCCCACAAUGGUCUUGCUGCCCAGUUACCCGCCUAACCUUGCCAACCUCGCCUGCUGCCCACUGCCACCCAUGUACCCAGGUGGAAGUGCCUGUGCAGGUCUGCAGCUGCCCCCCCUUGCCUUGCACCCUUGGAACUCCUACAGCCCAUGCCCACCUAUGCAGAACUCCUCUGGAACGUUGCCUCACCCACCCAAGCCUCACCUGGUGGUUGAGAAGCCAGUUCUUUCCCCGCCUCCCUCUGCAGAGCUCCAGAACCACAUGGGCACCAGUGAGGCCAUGGCAGAGGCAGGGGACAACUUCCAGGAAGUCCUGUCUCUGGCAGAAAGCCCUAUCCCACAGCGGGCAGACAAGUUUAACAAGAAGAGCCGAAAGAGGCUUGACAGCCGGGCAGAGGAGGGCAAUGUGCCAGCCAUCACAGAGGGCAAGGUGAAGAAGGAGACCCGGGCCCUCAGUGACUUCAAUUCCCUGAUCUCAAGCCCCAGGCUGGGCCGGGAAAAAAAGAAGCCCAAGAGUCAGAAGGAGCAGCUUAAGUCCAAAAAGCUGAACAGGACUAAUGAGUUCCAGGACAGCUCGGAGAGUGAGCCAGAGCUCUUUAUCAGUGGGGAUGAACUGAUGAACCAGAGCCAGAGCAGCAAGAAGGGCUGGAAGAGCAAGCGGAGCCUGCGCACGGCCAGUGAGCUUGAUGAGUUCAAGUGUCGCAAGGCCAGCGAAAAGGAGGACCGUGGUCUGGGCAGCCAGGGCUUUGUCUACAUCAUGGCCAACAAGCAGCCACUGUGGAACGAGGCUACACAGGUCUACCAACUGGACUUCGGAGGAAGGGUAACACAAGAGUCAGCAAAAAACUUCCAGAUUGAGCUGGAGGGAAGACAGGUGAUGCAGUUCGGAAGGAUUGAUGGCAGUGCCUACAUCCUAGACUUUCAGUACCCGUUCUCGGCAGUGCAGGCCUUCGCUGUGGCCCUGGCCAACGUCACACAGCGCCUCAAGUGAAGAAUAGAGCUCAGAGAAAAGCUUUUCUUUUGAAUCUCCUGAUAAAACUGAUACAUAAAGUUGUUGUUCAGUGUGCAGUGUAAGCAGUUUCGCCAUGACGGCAGAGUUGCAAUGCCGCUGGCUUCCAUAUGUUGGAGCCAUAUUUAUAGUGCUGGCUGGAGAGAAGAGUGGAGACAGUGACCUGGGGGAUCAUCUUUGGGUACAUGGGCUUCGCUUAAUGCGGUUGUUCUGCAAUUGUAUGUGCUGCUCUAGCUAUCAGAAGCUAGUAGAAACAGUGUCCUCUUUACAGACUGCCUUAUAUCACUUUUGUUGUUUCCUUUUAAUACUAUUUCAGUCCAGUUUUUAAACACAACAGUAAUACUUGAAAAUUAUAUCCGGAAAAGUAAAAGCUCAUUAGCUACAGAUUACAGGUACUACCCAGCACUGAAAUAUAUAGCUGUAAAAAAACAAAAAACAAACAAACAAAAAAAAACAUUCAUAAUAAGUUUUAAGUAUUUUUGGCUCAGCUAUGAACAUUUUUAGUGCCUAAUGUAGUGCAUGUAUUAAGGACUGAAGCAGGCUACCUUUUUUUUGUUUGUUUUUUAAUGUAGAGACUAAACAUAAAACUAUGUUUCGGUCAUUAGCCAUGUGAUUUUUGAAAAUCGGGCACAGUACUUGAAAUGGAAGUGUCAAAAUGGAAAAAUUAAUACAUCCUUGAUUACUUAGAAUGAUUGACCAUUCUGAGACAUGCAUUCAUUUUGCGAAUCAGAAGAACCUGUUACAGUAAUGUGAUGUUAAAUCUAUUUAAAUGUACAUAUUAUUAUUAUUAUUAUUAUUAUUAUUAUUAUUAUUAUUAUUAUUAUUAUUAGUAGUAGUAGUAGUUGUAGUAGUAUUAUUUAUGUAACAUUAGGUCAUCUUUGUACCUUGUUUACAUUGUUGCUGAGAUGUUUAUUGGGUUACAGGUAGCCACAUUUAAAAGAUAACAGCUUUAUUAAGUGUUAAAUAACACUAUGUAACACAAUUUUUGUUCCUGGGUAGUAAGUGUUAUUUCCUAAUUGCUUAUGCCUCAAAAGUAUAGAAAAUGGCUAUUAUUCCCCACAAACUUUGCUUUUGUGACCAGGACAGUGAUAUUUUGAAAUUUACCUAUUUCCAAUGAGAAAACGGGCGAAUUUGUGUCUUUUCGUUCACAUAAAGUCAGAAAAAAACAACAUAUGAAUCCAAAUUAACAUGUAUUUAUACUAAAGUAAUACAAAAAUGACUACAAAAGAUUUAGAAGUGAGUAGUUUUUCGAGAUUUACGAUUAUACUGUAAAUCACUUUCACGAAUCAGCCCCCAAAUGUAGUCUCCCAUCAUGUUCUCGUUAUACUGUCCUUGGUAGCGGCGUUCAAAGUCCAGUAUAUCCUGGUGGAAGCGCUCGCCUUGCUCCUCC